CCGGUUUUUCUGCUGCGUCCAGCUGAAAUCUCCAAAACAGAACAACGAAAAAAACAGAUCGCCGUGCAUGCAUCAGAGAUGAGAUGAAACAUUCAUGGCCAGGAAACAAUGAUCCUGACAUCACGGGUUAUUCUUCAGACGAUUAUGUGGAUCGACUGAAUCAGCAGUCGCCAGGUGAUUCUUGAGAAUCUUUAGUGAGAUCGAGUUUCUCUGGUUCAUUCGUGGAUGAUUUAACCGUAUUCUGGCGGUAAAACUCUGGCCUGCCUUCCUUCCUUCGGCGUGCUAUUCCCUUGGAUGGUGGUGGAGAGGAAGAUGCAGCCUUUGCCCCCACCGGAGCACAGGAGGGUGUUCCGCUUCGUCACCUUCCUGGCCCUCAUCCUUCUGGCCUUCUCCUGCUGGGCUCUCGUCAACUCCCGGAUCAACAAUGCAAUCCUGAUAGCCGACGCCAACAAGACGCCAUUGCUCGCCGGUGAUGAGGAUAACAGACCGCAUAACAAUGACGGUGACCAUCAGACGUCCAUCCCGGCAUCUGUGCCGGUCAACAGUGAUCCGACGGUGAGUGCUGUCAGGAUGAGCGGUCCGAUGGUCCGAGAGACGCCGUUGGCCGCAGCGGGAGGAGGAGAAGGGAGCGAGGGAUCAUGCGACGCGGAGAGCGCGCAGCUCAGGGUUUACAUGUACGACCUGCCCCCGGAGUUCCACUUCGGCAUGCUCGGGUGGGACGGGAAGACGGCGUGGCCAGACGUCCGGGACGCCCGCGCCGUGCCGCACUACCCCGGCGGGCUGAAUCUGCAGCACAGCGUCGCGUACUGGCUCACGCUUGACAUACUGUCCUCCACCCUGCCCGGCAAUCUGAGCAGCAGCAGGCCGUGCGUCGCCGUCAGGGUGACUAACGCCAGCCUCGCCGACGUCUUCUUCGUGCCCUUCUUCGCGUCGCUGAGCUACAACCGGCACUCAAAGCUCCGGGGAAGGGAGAGGGUGAGCAUGAACAGGGUCCUGCAGGCCGAGCUGGUGAAGUACCUGAUGCGGCAGGAGGAAUGGAGGAGGUGGGGCGGCAAGGACCACCUCGUCGUCCCGCACCACCCCAACAGCAUGAUGCAGGCCAGGAAGAAGCUCAGCGCCGCCAUGUACGUACUCUCCGACUUCGGGAGGUACCCGCCGGACGUCGCGAACCUGAAGAAGGACAUCAUCGCUCCGUACAAGCACGUGGUUCGGUCUCUCGGAGACCACGACUCGCCGGCGUUCCACCAACGGCCACUCCUGGCUUACUUCCAAGGCGCAAUUCACAGGAAAGAUGGUGGGAAGGUUCGUCAGAAGCUGUACCAGCUUCUCAAGGACGAGAGAGACGUCCACUUCACCUACGGCAGCGUCCGGCAGAACGGGAUUAGGCGCGCCACCAAGGGCAUGGCCUCCUCCAAGUUCUGCCUCAACAUCGCCGGCGACACCCCUUCCUCCAACCGCCUCUUCGAUGCCAUCGUCAGCCACUGCGUCCCCGUCAUAAUCAGCGACGACAUCGAGCUCCCCUUCGAGGACGUCCUCGACUACUCCGAGUUCUGCGUCUUCGUCCGCGCCUCCGACGCCGUCAGGAAGGGAUUCCUGCUGCGCGUGCUCCGAGAUGUAACUCGGGACCAGUGGAACGCCAUGUCCAGAAGGCUCAAGGAGGUGGCUCAUCACUUCGAGUAUCAGUACCCUUCGCGGCCAGAUGACGCUGUUCAGAUGAUCUGGGGAGCCGUGGCUCGCAAGAUGCAUUCUCUCAAGCUGCAGCUUCACAAAAGCGGUAGGUUUCAAAGAACACAUUCAGAAUCAUGAAUGAAGUACUCUAGCUAUUCAGAGCUACCUUGUGAUACUGUUCAUGAAGAUGCAUUCUCUCAAGCUGCAGCUUCACAAGAGCGGUAGGUUUCACAUAUCGCAUUCAGAAUCAUGAAGUUCUAGAUUUUCAGAGCUGCCAUGCAAUUCUGAUCCUAAGGCAGAGUUAGCAAAGCCUCAUCAUUAGCUAAAUAACACGCUUUGACCCGUGUGGGUGGUAGGGUUUUAUGUUCAUUUUGCAAUCCAAGUUCCAAAGAAAUGUGCUACUGAUCUUUUGAGUUUAUAUAAGUGUGGUGGGUUUAGCGUGAAAAGAAAAAAGCAAUGACAGGUGAGUAGUUGCCAAGGUUUUGGCUAAUUAUAAUGUUUCAGUUCUUUUAGAGGUGCUUUUCUAGCUCUUUUGUAUUCGAAGAGAGGAACAGUGUUUAUAUAAGUGUUG